AUGUUUGAGAAAUACCAGCCUCCUCGCAGCUACGGCAGCAGCGGCGGUGCCCUGAGCCUCACCGGGCUGGAGAGCAUGUCCGCGGCCGAAAAGACAGCGCGUAUCAUGGCUGUGGCGAACGACAUGGCAGCGUCGAUAAUAUAUAUCGCCAAACAAGCCGAAGCCGGCAACCUAACCAACCGCCAGAUCAUCCCGAUCUAUAACUUCAUCGACAGCAUCCUGGGCCUCGAGCGCAGCCAGACGAAGAGCCUGAUGAGGGAGCUGGAUAAGCAAGGGUCGCGAAUCGCGUUGAUGGAGAAACAACACAGCAGGGACAUCGAGGAGCUGACCAAGUGCGCAAUGGAGACAAUCACGCAGAUGAAGGUGAGGAUCGCGCAGCUAGAGAAGAACAGCACCAAGAGAUGGAAGCAGAAGGAAGAGGAAGAACUCGUCGGCGACAAGGAAACGCUGCUGGGCGGCGCGCAGGAAGUUCGUCGACAGCUGGGAAUUGCAAGACGCUGGUUGGCGCGGCGAGGACGGGGCGAAGAGUUUUACCUCGGCAUCUCGAGCGGCCGGCGGCCCCAGAAGGAAAAACGCAGCAGAGGGAGGCAGAGGCAGAGACGGUGGAACCAGGUCGAAAUAAUAUUAUUCCAGUCAACCCCAUAUCUUUCCUCUGUUUCUGCUGUGUCUGUUUCUGACCAGCAUUCAUCAUUCAUCCAGCGCUCUUGUGCCUCGAUAUUCCAUACGGCCGACAGUAUGAGCAGUAAGGGAGACUUCGCCGCCGUCAGGCGUGAUAUCGCUGCCCAGAUGAAGCAGCCUGGGUACGAUGAUGGAAGCGCAGGCCCUGUCUUCGUCCGGCUCGCAUGGCAUUCUGCAGGUACAUAUGACAUUGAGAGCGACACGGGAGGCUCGAACGGCGCUGGCAUGCGCUACGAGGCAGAGGGAGGAGACCCAGCCAACGCCGGACUGCAGCAUGGCCGCGCAUUUCUCGAGCCCAUCAAGGCCAAACACCCCUGGAUCACAUACUCCGACCUCUGGACGCUCGCCGGCGUCGUUGCCAUCAAGGAGAUGGGCGGCCCCGAGAUAAGCUGGCUGCCCGGCCGGACAGACUUCGUGGACGACUCCAAGGUGCCUCCUCGCGGCCGUCUUCCCGAUGCCACCAAGGGCAGCGACCAUAUCCGACACAUCUUCUACCGCAUGGGCUUCAACGACCAGGAGAUCGUGGCUCUCUCCGGCGCCCACAACCUGGGUCGCACGCACAUGGACCGCAGCGGCUUCGAGGGGCCCUGGGUCAACAACCCAACCCGGUUCUCAAACCAGUACUUCCGGCUGCUCAAGAAGCUCGAGUGGAAGCCUCGCACGCUCUCGAACGGGACGAAGCAGUUCAACUACGUCGACGAGGACGUGCCUGAGGAGGAGCGCGAGGAGCCGCUCAUGAUGCUGCCGACGGACAUGGCCCUGCUCUCGGACCCCGAGUUCGCGAUGUGGGUGGACAAGUACGCCGAGGACAAGGAGCUCUUCUUCGACCACUUCUCCAAGGCCUUCCACAAGCUGAUGGAGCUGGGCAUCAAGCGCAACGCGCAGGGCGAGGUCAUCAACACCGACAACGUCCGCGGCGGAUACAUCUCUGCGCCCAAGAAGAGCGACCGGCCAACCGCGCCAGACCAGGCUCCCAGGGCUCAUCUGUAG